AUGGACCUGAUGAGCUAUAGCGCCAAUCCUCAGUACGAUGCAGUCGCGAUUUUGGAUCCGCGCGAGCUACAGAAGCGUAUCACCUGCCAAGCUAUCAAUCAUGUCAUCCGAACCAUUGGAACUAGCAAGAAUACCAUAGCUUUUGUUACCAUGUCAACGACCCUCACUCAUACUAUCUGCGAAUAUGUUAACGGCAGUAACUGUCUGGCACUGGCAUAUAUCAUUCAAAUGUCUUUCAAUCUCAUCUAUUUAGCUGCUGCUCACUACUCCGGUGCUCAAGAUGAGAUCCUCCCUGGCGCUCGGAGGCGAGACUAUGGCGAUAUACAUGGUGAAUACGUGGACUGGUGGACCAGCGUGAUGGGAAGCAGCGCCAAUAACUUGAAAUAUGACGCCAUCUCGAGUCUGGCAUUCGAUAACGAAGAGGAAAUCCUUCAACGACGCGACGGCGACCCAGCCUUAGUGAGCCGCGUUCUCCUCGCUGGUGUUGCGGGUACUCAUAGCCCUAAUACCAAGCAAGACAUCAUCAUCAACCACUUUGCUGAUGGCAACACGCUGUUGCACUUACCUAUUGAUGAGAGCUCUACUGGCAAACGAGGCAAGCGUGUGCCUCCAGGAUCAGGCUUUAAAAUAUCCUAUACUACAAGGUCCAAAUCCAGGCUCUCGUACUCCAAGCAGCAGGAAAUGUCAGGCUUUAUUGCCGCUGCUUGGGCAGCCGCAAGCAAGGCAUAUGACAUGACUGAUUUCAUUGGUUUUGCCCAAGACGGUUAUAAUGCGAACUUUUACUAUCGUAUUAUUCCUGAAGUUCGAGGCUUUGGUCUCAAUUACGAAUCUGUAGAUGUAUGUGGGGGAAUGGGCGAUUUUUUACUGGAAAGGGCCUAA